AUGCAGAUUGACCAUGUCAUCUCGCCCUCGUCAUCAAUAGUAUCUCCUGCAAGUCCGACUGACAGGUUCUUUCGACGCGUGCCGAAAUCAGACUCGGACGAAGAUGAGGUCCCACCUGUUGAACCUGUGCAAGACAAUGCAGCUGCAACCCCCGACGACGAAAACCAGCAAACCGUAGACAACUCAGUGCUACCCUUUUCCGAUGAGCUGGAAGCUAGGCUUUUCAUGCACUUUGUGCAGAAGCUGGCCACCUGGCUUGAUCUGUGUGACCCGGCCCAAUCGUUUGAGAGGAUUGUCCCGGCACGAGCACAGUCAGGGAACUGCCCUAUUCUUCUUAACGCCAUUCUUGCUCUUUCGGCACGCCACAUGAGCCACAUCAGUAACUGUGACUACCCGCAAUCUCUAGCAUUGCAGUACUCACAAAAGUGCUUCGAUGACCUCAACCAUAUCCUCGACCAGCCUGGGGCUAUAUUAGAUGAGAACUUGUUCGCCGCAGCCAUUAUCCUGCGGGUAUUGGAGGAAAUGGAUGUCAAGGACACGGGAAGGGAUCUGCGCACUCAUCUGAUAGGCAUCAAAAGGUUUGUCGAGGCUAGGGUCGAAUCCCUUGUCCCUGGCUUCGUCCCGGGAAGUCUAAGUGCUGCAUCCUUCUGGGUAGGCCUCCGUCAGGAGAUUUACAGCGCCGUCAUGACCUCGCAGGCAGUACACAUCAGUCUCUUGCAUUCGCUGGUCGACCGGUCGCUGAAGCAGGCGGACGACUACACCUGGGCUAACCGAGCCGUGGUCCACUGUGCUGACGUGCUCAACUUUUGUUUCGGAGAAAAGUCAGAGGUCGGCGCAAAGCGACGGACCGAGGAAUGGGUAGAGCUCAACAGACGGAGCAAACAAUGGAUUGAUGGCCUCCCGCCUUCCUUCAGGCCCAUCUUCGAUGGUAAAGGCAAUGGCGCAUUUCCACAUAUCUGCUACUGGCGAAGCUGUCACGUUAUUGGCAUGCAGCAUCACCUCCUUGCCGAGCUCUUCCUCGUGCAUUACGAUCCCAGGCCCUUGGUGAAUGAACCAGACAGACAGCUGGCAGUAGGGCAAUUGCAGAACCACAUACAAGAGCUGGUACGGCGAGUAUGUGGCAUCGGCCUGAGCAACGAGUGGACCCCGCCGAGCAUGUUUACAGCCUGCAUGGUCAUCGCAGCUUUUGGCGACCUUUUCCACGAUCGGCAGGACCAGGAAGCGAUGAUUGAGAUUCUCAAGAAGACGGAGAAAGACCACCUGCGGCCGACCGAGGAGGUACAGAAGAAGAUGAGGGUUACUUGGGGCUGGCCUCAGCACAAUCGGUGA